AUGAGGAUCACGGAGAUUGUUAUAGACGGUUUCAAAUCGUAUGCCGUACGUACGGUGAUUUCAGGAUGGGAUGAAUCAUUCAACUCGAUCACUGGCCUUAACGGCAGUGGUAAAUCCAAUAUUCUCGAUGCUAUUUGUUUCGUUCUCGGAAUUACGAACAUGAGCACCGUCCGCGCGCAGAACCUACAAGAUCUCAUCUACAAGCGAGGUCAGGCCGGUGUGACCAAAGCCAGUGUGACGAUCGUCUUCGAUAACCGGGACACCGCCAAAUCGCCCAUCGGCUUCGAAGAAUAUGCGAAUAUCUCGGUGACCAGACAGAUUGUCCUUGGUGGCACGAGUAAAUACCUGAUCAACGGCCAUCGCGCGCAGCAGCAGACAGUGCAAAACCUGUUCCAGAGUGUUCAGCUCAACAUAAAUAACCCAAAUUUCUUGAUUAUGCAGGGACGGAUUACCAAGGUCCUGAAUAUGAAAGCAGUUGAAAUUCUGUCGAUGAUUGAGGAAGCCGCAGGUACGCGGAUGUUCGAGGAUAGGAGAGAGAAAGCCGGCAAGACAAUGGGCAAAAAAGAAUUGAAGUUACGUGAAAUCGAGGGUCUUCUCCAGGAAGAAAUUGAGCCUAAGCUCGAGAAAUUGAGAUCCGAAAAACGAGCUUUCCUUGACUUCCAGCAAACCCAGAACGACCUGGAGCGUUUGACUCGCCUGGUUGUUGCUCACGACUAUCUCCGGGGUGGUGAGCGGCUGCGUCUUGCCGGUGAGGAGUGCGAGAAAAAGAGAAGCAAGGUUCAAACGCUUGAAGAUAAUGCGGCCAGGCUUAAGAGCGAGAUAGCCCAUCUGGAAGAAGAUGUGAAGCGAGUUAGAGCUGCCCGUGAUAAGGAGCUGCGGAAAGGGGGUAAAUUCCAGGCUCUUGAGGAUGAAGUUAAAUCCCAUUCCCAUGAGCUCGUCCGAUUGACCACCGUGUUCGAUCUGAAGAAUGCUAGUAUAGCUGAGGAAAAAGAGAAGCAUAAGGAUGCCCAAAAAACUGUUAAUGACCUGCAGAAACUCCUCAAAGACAAGAAAAAGGUCUACGAUAAGCUACAGGCACAAUACGAUACUGCAAAGGCAGAAUUAGACGCCCAAACUGCCGAAGUGGACCAGAAGGAGGAGUUGCUGCAGACUUUGCAGACUGGUGUGGCCUCAAAAGAAGGCCAGGAGAGUGGGUAUCAAGGGCAGCUACAAGACGCCCGUAAUCGUGCCAGUGCCGCAGCCACGGAACAAGAACAAUCGAAACUCAAGAUCACGCAUCUGGAAAAGCGGAUCAAGGAAGAGGAGCCUAGAGCGAAGAAAGCCAAGGAGCAAAAUUCGGGUUUUCUUAAGGAGCUGGAGGGCCUUAAGUCCCAGGCUAAGAAGCUGGAUGCGGAGCUUGCGCGACUUGGUUAUGAACCAGGACGAGAGGAACAACUCUACCAGGAACAGAACAACCUACAGAAAGACAUUCGCGACCUGCGACAAAGCGCCGAUGCUCUUCAGAGGAAGGUCGCGAAUAUCGACUUUCAAUAUACCAACCCCCACCCGAACUUCGACCGUUCUAAGGUCAAGGGCUUAGUGGCUCAGUUGUUCACCUUGAGCAAAGAAAAGCUUCAAGCUGCAACUGCGCUGGAGAUCUGCGCUGGCGGUCGCUUGUAUAAUGUGGUUGUUGACACUGCAGAGACGGGCACGCAGCUACUGCAGAAGGGAAAAUUGCGCAAGCGUGUGACAAUCAUUCCUUUGAACAAGAUUUCGUGCUUCAAAGCAUCUGUUGAGAAAAUUGGCGCAGCGCAGAAUCUUGCACCUGGGAAGGUGGACCUGGCCUUGUCUCUUAUAGGCUACGAUGACGAGGUCACGGCGGCAAUGAACUACGUGUUUGGCAAUACCUUGGUCUGUAACGACGCAGAUACGGCAAAGAGGGUGACUUUCGACCCAUCUGUUCGGAUUAAGAGUGUGACCCUCGAUGGCGAUGUCUAUGACCCUUCUGGCACUCUGUCCGGUGGUAGCUCACCGAAUUCGAGUGGAAUGCUUGUUACCCUACAGAAGCUUAACGAGAUCACCAGGGAAAUCAGGAACAAAGAACGUCUGUUAGCUACGCUUGAAGAAACUAUGAGAAAGGAGAAGAAGAAGCUCGAUACGGUCCGCUCGAUCAAGCAGGAAUUGGACCUCAAGACGCACGAGAUCAAGCUUACUGAGGAGCAAAUAAGCAGCAACUCUUCUUCGUCGAUUAUCCAAGCUGUCGAGGAGAUGAAGGCGAACAUUGCACAGCUGAAGAAUGACAUUUUUGACGCGAAGACUCGUCAGAGUGAGGCAUCCAAGGAUAUCAAACGCAUUGAGAAGGAUAUGAGCGAGUUCGACAAUAAUAAAGAUAGUAAGUUGGCGGAACUUCAAGCUUCCCUGGAUUCCCUUAAGAAGAGCCUUUUGAAGAAUUCGAAUUCAGUCAAGACUCUGCAGAAAGAGCUUCAAAAUUCUCGACUGGAGUCUGAGCAGGCUGGCAGCGAUCUUUCUGCCGCAGAGGAGCAAAGUGCUGAAGCGGAAAAUGCUCUGCGGGCACAGAUGGAAGAGAUUGAAUCGCUGAAGAAGGAACAAACCCGCAUCAAGGACGCCCAUGAUAUGGCCCAAGCACAGCUAGAUGACGAAAGGGCCAAACUCACUGGCUUCGACGAUGAGCUACGGGACCUGGAUAAGACAAUGCAGGCGAAGAAUUCGCAGAUUACGGAAGAAGGACUCGAAAUGCAGAAGCUUGGUCAUCAGCUGGAGAAGCUCCAGAAAGACCAGCAGGCCGCGGCCCAAGCCGUCGCUCAUAUGGAGGAAGAGCACGAGUGGAUCUCCGACGAAAAGGAUAAUUUCGGACGACCCAACACUGCGUACGACUUCAAGAACCAGAACAUUGCCGAAUGCAAAUCCACACUGCGCAACCUCACGGAACGAUUCCAGGGGAUGAAGAAGAAGAUCAACCCCAAGGUUAUGAACAUGAUCGACAGCGUGGAGAAGAAAGAGGCUGCUUUGAUGAACAUGAUGAGGACGGUGAUCCGGGAUAAGCGCAAGAUCGAAGAGACCAUCGCCAACCUCAACGAGUACAAGAAGGAGGCGCUCCACAAGACCUGGACCAAAGUCAAUGCGGACUUCGGGCAGAUCUUCGCUGAACUUCUGCCGGGUAGUUUCGCCAAACUGGAUCCCCCCGAGGGCAAGGACAUCACCGAUGGUCUGGAAGUCAAGGUGUCUCUGGGCAAGGUCUGGAAACAGAGUCUGGCCGAGCUGAGUGGUGGACAACGAUCUCUCAUCGCUCUUUCGCUCAUCAUGGCGCUACUGCAAUUCAAGCCGGCGCCGAUGUACAUUCUAGAUGAAGUGGACGCGGCUCUGGAUUUGUCGCAUACGCAGAACAUUGGCCGGUUGAUCAAGACCCGGUUCAAGGGCUCCCAGUUCAUCGUUGUCUCCUUGAAGGAUGGCAUGUUCCAGAACGCCAACCGGAUCUUCCGCACGAGAUUCAGCGAGGGCACCAGUAUUGUUCAAGCUCUGACGCCCGCGGACAUGAAGUAA